CGAUUCUUCAUGCGUUCGUUCUUCUAUUUUGUCUUCUUCAGGUUUUUCUAUUCUUCUAAUUCUCUGAAAAAGAUCUGCGGAUCUUUAUGCGCUGUGCGUAACCACCUUUAUAGUUGAAGAUGUUCGGAUUUAGUUGCCGAUUUCAGAGGGGGGUUGCGAUUCUGACGCUAGUUGCGAUUUGUCCCUCACUCAUCCUUGCACAAGCCCCACCAGCAUCCACGUUCUACCUGUCGGAAACCGAAACCCAGUUCUCGCUCAACAUUGCAAACGACAGUAGCGAUGUCUUCAUAUACUUCACGUCUCCAGCUUAUUCGUGGGUGGGGGUGGGGUUUGGACAGGAGAUGAGGAAUAGUUUGAUGUUUGUGCUGUAUCCGAGUCAGGAUGGGAAGAAUGUUACGAUCAGUCCAAGGAUUGCCACAGGGCACUCUGAGCCAAGUUUCGCGAAAGACAUCCAAUUCUCGACUCUUCCCGGCACGGGCAUCACAGACGAUAUGUUCGUCCUCAAAGCAGUGUGCCACAACUGCCGUGUCUGGCCUGGCGGCUUUAUCGACGUCAAAACCACCGUACAUCCCAUGAUCUACGCCUUCGGUCCUGGAAACCGGUUACAGUCCAACGGACUGAAUGCUCCCCUCAAACGCCACAUCCGCUAUGGCAAGUUCACCAUGGACAUGCUUGUCGCGACUGGUAAAGGCGAAGUGCCUACUGCGAGCACGGCGCUGAAUGGAGUCCAGUUGAAGGGCGGCAUGGUUAGAGAUCAUGACCGCAUGAAUCUCGCACAUGCCGUAUUGGGCUGUUUGGCGCUGUUUGUGUUGUGGCCGCUGAACCUGAUUUUCGCGGGCUUUGUCAAGAGGAUCGGGAUUCACGUCGGAAUCUCCGUCUUUAUCAUUGUGUUUCUCAUUAUUGCAUACGCUCUCGGAAUUGCCACAAGUGGAGAGUACAACCGUUCCAAAACUUUCAACUCCCCCCACCAAAUCAUAGCCUUCAUAUCCAUCCUCCCAAUCCUCCUAAUGUCGCUCCUCCCCAUCCCCCGCCUCUCCCGACUCUCGCCAACAAUCCCGCGCCUCCAUAACCCCGCUAUCUCCUUCACUUUCACAAUUCUCACCCUAACUGGUGGACUGGGCCUCCACCUCUCCUCACAAGGCAUGCCCAUAAUUCUUGCCUACACUGCCGUGGCGCUGGCCGUUUUCUGUUUCCUCAUGCUUCUGCAAACAUGCAUUCGACGACGGGGAUCCGCGUAUGCGAUCGCGAAAGGGAUGAGGAGGGUAAGAGAGGAGGACGAGCAAGAUUUGGUACUGGCGGCGUAUUAUGCGGGACAGAAGCUGGAUGAUGAGAGCAGAGCCGGGAGUGCGGCGAGUUUGAAUAGGCCGAGUCCGGGGAUGGGACCUGGGACACAUGGCAGGAGCGGGAGUGGAGGGAAUGGGAAUAUUUAUGGUGGUGGGCAGAUGCCCGGACCCCAGUAUUUGCUGAAUAUGCAUCCGGGUGUGCCGGUGCAUCGGUGGUGAAGAGGGGAGACAGUGGGGAUGAAAGAGGGCAGAUUCUACUAGUAGGAGUGUAGAUCCUGCCACUGUUAGUGUAGAGUGUGGGAAGGUAUUUUGGCUUGGACUUGGACUUGGAUUUGGAUUCAGAUUCUGGCGUCGACUCGGAUUGGAUUGGAUUUGCUUGGGAGGACGAUACCAGCUGGACUUUACUUCGGGAACAACAGCAAACAUGUGCAUCUGCGAUGGCGU